UCUAGGUCUCUUGUAAACUCUCUUGGAUUCUGACCUUCUAACAGAAACUAUGAAGAUCCCUCAUUUCCUUUUGGCUGGUCUGUUUGUUCUCCUUCUGGUUUCUGGAGGUUUUGCCUCCAAUAAACCAAAAAGUAGGAGGGAAUGCUACCUACAAAAUGGUACUUGCAAAUUGUGGUGCAGUUAUCCCCUCAGAAGAUAUGGAAGAUGUGGUUUUCUGCGAAAGUGUUGCAUCAGUCCACAAUUUCCACAAGGAAAUCGUAUCACAGCCAGCUGACCGUCCAUCUUUUGACACAUCUGUCUUCUUGUUUAAGAGCCACUGAAUCCUGCCUUUUCCCUGCCAGCAUAGAAUAUUGCCCUGUUUCCAAAAUGUCUUGGCCUGCAGUUAAAGGUUGCCUGCUUUGCAAUGGUUUCUAUGAGUUCUUGCAUUUGAAACUAAAAUAAAUAAAACAUUCUUGCUACUCCUGGCAUUCAAAAGUAAA